UCUCUCUCUUCAAUUAAUCCUAAUAAAAUCUAAACUUUCAUUCCCUAUAUAUCUGAAUCACUGAUUCCAUUCUUUGUUCUUGUUUUCUCACAUUGAAUUUUAUAAUCAAAUUCCUUGAGGUUUUUUCUGCAAAGUGGUGGUGACUGGUGCGAGUUCUAAGAUCUUCAGAGAAUCAAAAGAUCAUAACAAGUUUUUCCAUUUUUUGAAGGGAUUGGGGCACAAAGACUUGAAUAUCAUUCAUAGUAGCUUGACAUGGUCAUCCUGCUACCUUGGAGUUCAUAUCAAACAACAUGUUCCCUGGAAGGUUUUCACUGACGGACCACAAAGUGGUAGAAGAUACUAGUUCCGAAGAAAGCAUAUUUCACGAUCUUUGGCCACUUGAUGAAGUCGAUCCAACAAAAGCUAAAUUUCCAUGUUGUUUAGUAUGGACUCCACUUCCUGUGGUGUCAUGGCUGGCACCUUUCAUUGGACAUGUCGGUAUCUGCCGAGAGGAUGGGACUGUCUAUGAUUUCGCGGGAUCUAAUUUUGUGAAUGUGGAUGAAUUUGCAUAUGGUUGCGUAGCCAGAUAUGUAAAACUCGACAGAAAACAGUGUUGCUUUCCGCCAAACUUGUCGGGCCACACAUGCAAGCAUGGGUAUAAACAUUCAGAGAAUGGAACAGCCAUAACAUGGGAUGAUGCAUUACGUUCGUGCAUGAGUCACUUCGAGCACAAAUCAUAUAAUCUCUUCACAUGCAACUGCCACUCAUAUGUUGCCAACUGUUUGAACCGUCUCAGCUAUGGUGGAGACUUGGGCUGGAACAUGGUCAAUGUCGCAAUUCUGGUGCUGUUAAAAGGGCAAUGGGUUAACAUCAUGGGAAUUGUCAGGUCAUUCCUCCCUUUCUUCGUGGUUUUCUGCUUGGGAAUUUCAAUGGCAGGAUGGCCUUUUGUUUUUGCGUGGUCUGCCUUUUCUUUUCUUCUUAUGACUUGGUUUCUAGUUGGUACUUACUGCUUCAAGAAUCUCCUUGAUUGCUAACCCACGAAGAAUGUUUCUGUGAUCAUUCUUUUUUACAUACCAGUAACUAAUUCGAGAGUUUGUAGUUGAAGUUAGUGACUGAAAGAGAACAAGAAUUGUACGUAUCUGAUCGUUGCAGGAAAUGGGCAUCUCUUAUAUAAACUUCAACAUAUCAAUUACAUUAUACAGUAGCUGUUUUUUUUAUUA